AUGAUCUCAUUCUCCUCUGUUACUCUGUCUCUCUCCAUCUUCCUAUCAGGCUACCUCACCUCCAUCUGCGCAACGCCUCCUACCACAACCCAGCGAUCCCCCUACGAAACCGACCGCAUCCGCAUCAUCACAGGCGACUUUGCCAUCAACGCAAGCCGCGCCGUCGUCAUCAUCAGCGCUUACCAUGCGCUCAUCGCCCUCAUCUACCAAUCCAACACCAGUAGCAGCAUUCUGCCCGCCAUCUGCCCUCACCCCGAGAAUCUCAACCCAGAGACCCUUACCUGGAGUCCGACGGCGCUUCUCUCCCUCCUCGCCAUCGCCGCCGGCUCCGCCAUCCGCCUCUCGGCGUUUGGGGGCCUAGGUCGGAAUUUCACGUUUUAUCUCGCGGUGCCGGAUCGAUUGGUUACGGACGGUGUAUAUGCGCAUGUUCAGCAUCCGAGUUAUACGGGGUUAGCCCUGGUGGGGCUGGGAUGUGUUGGUCUGUGUGGUCGGUGGGACGGGGCAGUAGGAGCGUGCGCAUUGAGUAAGGAUGUGAUUGAGAGGCUUGAUGGAUGGGGCAUGAUGGUGAUAGGGGCGUUGGGGACGGUAGCUGCGAUGGUCGUAGGGAUGAGGGUACGGGAUGAGGAGAGGAUGCUGCGGGAGAAAUUUGGGAGGGAGUGGGAGGGGUGGCAUGCCAGGACGGCGAGUGUAGCUGUCAUCGGAGUUGGUCCGGUGGAGUCUCGUGCUCCCAGCGAUCACUUCCCCUUCAACUCUGCCACAUCAUCCCGCUUCUCCUCACCCAUCCUCGUCCGUCCUCUGCUUGGUUUAUUUCCCAUCAAUUGGAUCGAUAGCAACAUGGGCAUCUUCAGUCGCUUCCUCAAGCUGACCACCAUCGGAGGCGCCGCCACGGUCGGCGGGUUCUUCUGGUACACGCGCAACGACGUCUUCGUGCCGCUGCCUCUAUCCGAUCGCAUCUUCCAUUCCGCCCGCUUCAACGCCCUCAAUCCCCUGCGCAACCCCACAACCCACGAUCUAUGCAUCCGCCGAGUCCCCUUAUCAGACAUUGACCCCACCCUCCUCGAAAAGAAGGGAAAACUAGUCGAGGCAUUCUGCGCCGGAGUCUGGAGCGGCUGGGGCUACGCAUUCCAACGCGCCUACCUCGCUCGCAAAUAUCAAGGCCCCGAAACCGCCAACCAGCUAUGGUCCCGCUCCGAGCUGCGCUCCUCCACCUACGAACCCGGCACCCUGAUCACGGACCACUUCGAGGUCGUCGAGAAGACCCCCAACCGCAUCGUCGUGCGGUGCGGGGCAUCCCCGCGCGUGCAGGAGGUCCGCCCCUCCGACGGCCUGUUUGAGAUGUCGGUGGAUGUGAAGCCCGACGAGGGCGUGGCCGAGUUUGGGCUCAAGAGCUGUUUCUUCCAGGGGCUGGGAAAGGCCGAGGCGCAGCCGAUGCCGCCGCAUAUUGUGUGGUUGCAUCAGCAGUAUACUAAGUUGUGGAUGGAGACGGCGAUUCGGAAUGUUUUGCGGUGA